UGGGGGGGGGGAUUGCGAUGUGUACAGACACGCUAAGCGAUGGGCACCCAUGUGCAAUUGACACGCUCAUAAUGGCGUAUGUGUCUCCAUGGCCUGAAUGCAUCACGGAUUGAGGGGCACAGUUCAAUUGGCUCGUGUUCUUCAUCCUUUCCCCUCUCUCACCCAAUCGAAAUGACCUAAUCAAUAUGACCCAAUCGAGACAGAGAAGCCAGUGAUGAUUAUGACCUGUGACUCAUAGGUGUUUUUCUGAGGGUGUUAUUCACUGGUCAGAUAAAAACGUUAUUACAAUACUUUAAGUUAAAAAAAAUUCAUCCAUCCAUCCAUUUUCCAAAUCGCUAAUCCUACUGGGUCGCGGGGGGUCCGGAGCGUAUCCCGGAAGCAAGGGGCAUGAGGAAGGGAACAACCCAGCAUGGGGGGCCAGCCCAUCACAGGGCACACUCACACACCAUUCUCUAUUAGUCAUGUCAGUGUGUAAUAAUAAUUUAUUGUAAAUGUAUUCACAUGGUGCUGACCACCAGUGGUCACGUUAAAUUUACUGAGGGGGGUACCCUUUCCCCUCACCAGUGGAGUAGCUGAUCUGGAUGACUAGUUGGGCUCUGUGACACUGCACCCCAUGGGGGAGAAGCCCCGAGCCACCUAUACUCACCCUUCACCUCUCGACAUUGACCUUCAAAUGAGAUACGCUCGUAAAUGAAAGAAGUCUUUUCAAAGCCUGUCUGACAAAAGUCUUCCUCUUAUUCAGUACCUGGUACAGUCGUGCUGAGAGCCACAUCUAGUAAUGUUUUGUGGCUGUUAACGACCACUAAGCACUAAAUGUCAAGUGUUAGCUAAGUGCUAAAAUGUCAAGCGUAGCGUCAUCGCGCGUGGAUGCAUGUGUAAGCACAGACUAACAGUCAGUGCAGGCAGUGGAUGGAGUAGAAGGUGUGAAAGUGUACAGACGUUUGCCUCAGUCGUCAUUUUCCCAUGUAGUGGUCGUUAAUAAAGCACUAGCUAACAGUGCUGCCUUGUACUUUCGCUUUUUUCCCUUUUAAUCUCUUCUGGCCUGCCUGCCUGCCCUUGCCUGACUGCUUUGUAUGAAUAUGCCAAACCUGGUGAUGAAGUCUCCCUUCCAGAACACUUGAUGUUUCGUUUUGCGAGCGACAAGCAAUGCAAUUCAUGCGAAUCAACGCAGUGCAGCUGCAUUAGCCACCAUUAUUAAUUAGGUAGAUACCGUUUGUCGUGCUCAGUGUUUCUUGUUUGCAGUCGAUUCGUUUGCGAGUAAAUCAUUGUAAAGGUCGUGUGUUAAACACAUAAUUUUGUAAUUCUCUGGCCGUCAGGUCACGCAGUGGAAUUAAUCGAUGCCAGUGUGGAGAAAGGACACGUUUUAUGGAGAGAAUAAGUGUGUCGGGCUGUUCUCAAGUAACCUGGCAACAGCUUUAAAUACGGAGCCUCUUCCAGUUAACACCACACAGUCCAACAGAUGCUCACUGGGGCUGAGACGCGGGUGAUUUUGCCAAGACCAUAACGCAUAAUGCCACAUUAUUUCUGAUGAGGUCUGCAUUACUGCUGAUAGCCUGUCUGAUGGAAAAGACUGGGCUCCCUCAAACCUGAAUCAUCACAGGACUACCAAAACGUUUCCCAGGGGUGUGGGAAUCCAUCGCCAAGCAUGAAGACGCUGAGAACAUGUUGGGCUGGGCCCGCAGUGCUAUCGACUCCCAAACAAGUCCUGUAAUCACCCCAACUCCAGAUCCAUGAACCCGGCCUCACACCCGUCAGCGAGGGGCCCAGCGCAAUUAACAUUCCUACAUGGCAAUAAAGCCAAGCAAAAAGGGAAGCAGGAGGGAAACAGAGUGCUACACCGCUAACGGUAAGGACUAUCGGGGCCAGCAGAAUCAGACCUUCCUGCAGGGCGGGAAGCCAUGUCUCUACUGGAACGAGACGCUGCAGCACCCCUACAACACCAUCGAGUACCCCAACGGCGAGGGCGGCUUGGGGAAGCACAACUACUGCAGGAACCCAGAUGGUGACGUCAGACCCUGGUGCUACAUUGCAGACCACGAGGACGGAAUCUACUGGAAGUACUGCGAUAUCCCCACCUGCCGCAAGGAAGAUGCAGGUGUGAAGCAGAGCCAAGACAACACGGGCCAUCACACCUGCGCCCCGAGCCAGCUAGCGGUCGAUCGCGAGACGGGAGCAGUUGACGUGCCCGGAAGCCUUGGCUGCUUUAAAGACAGUGGGGAGCCCCCGACACUGACGGGGACCAGCGAGACAUCCAACAAGAUCACCAUCCAGAACUGCAUCAGCUUCUGCCGGAAGCAGAAGUACAAGCUUGCAGGGAUGGAAUCGGGGUAUGCCUGUUUCUGCGGCAAUGACCUAGACUACCAUCAGCACGGGGAGGCGGCCGGCUCCGAGUGCAACCACGAGUGCUUCGGGGACCACACCCAGCCCUGCGGGGGCGACGGCCGUGUCAUCGUCUUCGACACACGUGUGGGGGCCUGUGGGGGUAACUACACCUCCCCCUCGGCCGUGGUGUAUUCCCCAGACUUCCCGGACAACUACAACGCCAACCACGUCUGCUACUGGACCAUACAGGUGCCGGGCGCCUCGGCCAUCCUGUUCAACUUCACCUUCUUCGAAAUCAUUGACCAAACUGACAUGGUGGAGCUGCUGGACGGGCACACGAAUCAUGUGGUGGUUCGCUUUGAUGGGCGAAACCCGCCACGCUCCGCGAUCAACAUCACCGCUGACUUUGUCAUCCUCUACUUUUACUCGGACAGAACCAAUCAAGCCCAAGGUUUUGCUGUCCUGUACCAAGCACUGAUGGCCCCAGAGCCCAGGCCUAAUGAGGAAGACAAGGACGUGGAGGAGACGGCGAGCCUGCCAGCCAGCACAGCCGAGCCCUCGCUGGAGAGUGUCACAGGGAAGACCAAUGACAGCACUGCUGGCCAGUCUUCCCAGAUUCUGUAUGUGAUAACAUCUAGCCCAACCAUGCCUGACCACAACAUGCCAGUGUGGACUAUCUACGCACUGGCUGCCCUUCUGACUCUGACGGUCAUAGCCAUGAUUGCAAAAUUACUCCUUCACAUCACUGUCAAAUCUCCAACCAUACCUUCCAUCAGCAGCUCUGAGGCCUGCAACCAGAACACUGGGUCAGAGCCCUGGAUCAUCUUCUAUCGGCCAUCCACCAUAUCCUUUUUCAAGAAGAAGCUGAAGAAUCACCACGGUGACCUCAGUCCCCUGGUGGGGAACUAGGGAAGGGGCAAACCGACCUGCAUUCUAUUCCCCAACCCGAGCUUCUGUGGGUCUCUGGACCAAGUCUUUUGUGAGCUGCUGUGGAGGACACGUAAAAAAUAAAUAACCACACAAGGUGACUAAAGACAGAAACCGACCAGCUGGAAGGGGCUGAGGUGACCAGACUUGGCCGAGCGAAGAGGUCAGAGAAGACAGCACAUGACCUCCAGGACUGCUGGACCUUGGCGCCAUCACACUGGACCCCAGCCAGUAAUCAGUUGCUAGCUAAGCACAGGUAGUCAUGGCAAGGACAUGGUUUCCCCCCCUGCCAGACAAAUCCCACCCUCAUCCAGAAAUGCUGAACUUUCAGGGCUUCAUCCAUACAAUAGAGGUGGUUCUGGUCGUGGUUUGUUUUAAAGGCUCUUCUUCAAAUGCCCUGGUUGGACAGCUGGCAAUUGACAGGAGGGAAAAAAAAGCAAUAUCGUGCAUGGUGGAACCACUUCAGUGGGAAGGUCGUAAAGGGGGGACCGCCAUGAUGGGAAGGUCACAAAGGGGAACCAAUAUGAUGGAAAGGUCACAAAGGAGAACCAACAUGAUGGAAAGGUCACAAAGGGGGACUGCCAUGAUGGGAAGGUCACAAAGGGGGACUGCCAUGAUGGGAAGGUCACAAAGGGGGACUGCCAUGAUGGGAAGGUCACAAAGGUGAACUGCCAUGAUGGGAAUGUCAGUCUUCUCCAUGUAGGUUAGCUCUAAUUACAUAUCCUGCGUGCUCUAUUCCCUGGAUGAUAUUUCUGUUUGGUUUGGGGUUCCUGUGGAAGGGCCAAGACAAACUUUCACCCAGACUGGGGGGAAAAACCAAAAAAAAGAGACAUUUGCGGGUAAAAGGUAUGGGUCCAUUGGGGCAGUUACCUCAUUUAGGUGAUUCUGAAGUCUGUUCAGACUUCCUUGGGACAGUUUGUUUCCUCCACCUCAGGUGGACUGGGUUUCAAGUGCCUUACAAACUGAGCUACCAGUCUGGAAAUUUCUUUAUUGGGAAUUAUUGUCAUUGAUGCCCUUAAUUUAUUUAAAUUUUUAUCUGUGUGACAGUGAUAAUGCUUUGCAAAAGCAUGUAAAUAUCAGAAGAGACCAACAUUAUUGACACUCAAAGCACCAUUUAUCCUUGCUCUUACGCCAGACAGACUUAGGUAUGUAAUAUACUGAAAUGUUCCUUUUUUAUAUAGAUCCAGUGUUGAUACGUGUGACAGUAUGCAAAUUAGCUUCCUGGACUCAUAAAUUGGGCAAUGGUGCUGGCCUAUUAUCUGGGUACCUGAUCUGGUCACCUAACGUUUAGGAGGUUCUGUAAGGAGAUAUCAGUUGUGCCCUUUUAGGCAAAAUUACUUCAGCAAAUAUUUGGCCAUAUAAAUAAAUAAGCACAUCUACCAAGCAAACAUGGUUAUUUAUUUAAUGAUAAUGCAAUAAGACUAUUAUGCACCAGGCUCUGGUGCUUGAAAACACAUGCAUUCCAAAAUGGGUUACCAGUCUGAGAUUUACUGCUCACAUCCUUAACAGACUAUAGGAGCAUACUGUGCAGAAAUAACUAGUCGUACCUCUAAACGUUGCAGCCCAUUCUGUCUAACGACAACCUGAUUUUCCUGAUUUCACGGAACACUAAACACACACCUCCCUUAAUUGUUCCUGAAUUUCAGGGCCGAGCUUAGAAACCUUCACGCUAAAAGCGUUAAAGUUAAAAAACCAUGCAGAUAAGAGGCGUUUGUUAAACAGUGCAGAUCGCGAUAGUUUUUUUUUUUUUUUUUUAAAUAUGUUUGUAAGUAUGGGUAUUUAACACACUGUUCACCAUGGUCCGUGGCGUCGUCAUGCAUCCAUAAUGCAUUCAUGCAUACUCAAUGCAUCCAUGAAUUCCAUCGGAAAUGUCUGAAGCCCUAAUUUAUUGCUCAGUGUGGGAGGUGACCGCUUCAGGAUGCAGUAAAACAAACCGGUCUCACGUAUCGGGUGAAAGCAUUUGUACCGAGUGUCUUCGCCUGUAAUAAAGGCUUUAGUCGGCCGGCUACUCAAAGACCAAAAUAUAGACGCACUUAAUUUGACCUCACAAAAUCUGAUUGCUGUACAAUUUGCGUACUGAUAGGAUCGGUAAAUCCUGCAUGGGCUGGAGAUAAUACUGCGGAAAAAUUGCCCGAGCUCUUAGCUUUCAUAGCAAAAUACAAUAUAUUCCUGGUUCGUUACUUUUAAUCCAGAUGAUUUCUUUCUAUCUACGAGUCUGUGUGAUUGAGAUACUGUUUUAUUAUCAGAGUUGUAAUUACGUCAGAUAUUUCAAGACUGAAAAUAUUGUGAUUCUAGACAAAAGUAGAAUGACUAUUUUGGAUUUUCAAGCAUGACAGAUGGAAAGCCGCUCAUUCAUAUAAAAUAUUCAUUUUUAAAAUGAGAUUUUAAAAGGUUUCAAAUUCAGGAAAAAAAGAUCAAGGUAUAGAUUAAGGGGAAAAUAUAUAGUAAAAUAUUGUUUUCGUAAAAUUGUAUAUAAAAUAGAUUUUUUUUAAUUUAUGCAGUAAAUUAUUAUUUUGGAUGUGAAUGGGAUAUAAUCUAUCUUUUAUAUAAGUGAAGUACAUUUGUAGUUUUAUUUAAAGUGCUCUAAAUGUAAAAUAAACACGCAUGUUUCUUA